UAAACGCAGCGGCAGCUGGCGGUCAGCUGUUCCAGCUAACCCACUUCUGGCAAGCAGCCCGGCGGUUCUCUUUGCAGGUUCCACAUUCCACACGACCUAGCUGUGACUCUGUGAGCUCGGUCCCAUCGUCACCGAGCAGUGGCAAUGCUCGCCGGCCAGGUUCUUCUGCCUUGGGAUUCCCUCCAUCACUCCCGGCUGCGUUCUGUCGUUGCACUACAUGACACUCGAAGAUGCGAUUGCUAUUAAGGCUACUAAAUGCACUGCCUGUCGCUUUCGCUCUUGCCCUUGCCUUUGGCUGUGUCGCGGUCGAUGCUGCGAAGAUCCAACCGUCCCUUGUUGAGCGAAACCACCGACCUGACAGCACCGGCCCUGCCUACCCAUUUCUAAAAUGGCUACGCGACAGCGCGGUUGAGGUAGUCUUUGGGAAGCCCCCGAUCAGGACUGAAGGCCCAAGACCAGGUGCAGGACUACAGGCGCUCUACCGGAAUGACGUUGUGGUCCGUUUCAAUGUGACCAACUCGGACGAGGAGGGCGCGCUCGCCGCAGCCGCCCAACAAAUGCUCCUCGACGUCUGGGCUUUCACACCCGACUAUGUCGAUAUAAGGCUAGACAAGCGCGAUGUUUCGCCGCUCAUGGCGCUACUGCCAAAGUCGCUACAAUCCUCCGUCCUUAUCCCGGACGUUGCCGCCGCGGUAUGGAGGACCUACCCUUCAGCGGCAGUUGAGAUGUCCCAAUUUGAAUCAAGCACGGCUGAUGCGGCGAAAAUGAGGACCUCCUUGGACGGCGUGGGCAAUGUGUUCUUUAGCAACUACCAGACCCUGCCGGUCAUCACGAGCUGGAUGCGCCUUAUCGAAGCCAUGUUCCCAUCAAUUGCGGAAAUGACAAGUGUUGGAAAAUCAUACGAAGGCAGAGACAUAUAUGCAAUGCGCCUCAGUGCCCCCAAUAGCAGUGGCCCAACCGCGGCACCCAGGCAAACCAUCCUCGUUACCGGAGGUCUACAUGGCCGCGAAUGGAUUUCAACCAGCACUGUUAAUUACCUACUAUGGUCCAUCGUCACAUCAUAUGAGAAGGAGCCGAUGCUCACCAAGCUUUUGCAACGUUUCGACUUGGUUUUUGUACCCGUGCUCAACCCAGACGGCUACGAAUACACGUGGCAGACGAACCGACUAUGGCGCAAAUCAAGACAGCUGACCAAGAUGCGCUUCUGCCGUGGCCUGGAUCUUGACCAUGCCUUUGGUUACGCCUGGGGCGCCCUCGAGCACGAAACCGACCCAUGCUCCGAAAGCUAUGGCGGCGACGAGCCCUUCCAGGCCGUGGAGGCAUCAGAGCUGGCAAAAUGGGCAAAGAACGAGACGGAGAACGGGACCAAGUUUGCGGCAUUCAUCGAUUUGCACUCGUACUCUCAGCAGGUGCUGUUUCCUUACUCGCACACCUGCUCGGUCGAACCCCCCAACCUGGAGAAUCUGGAAGAACUGGCCAUUGGCCUGGCCAAAGCCAUCCGGCUCUCAAACGGAGAGUCUUAUGGCGUCAUGUCCGCGUGCGAGGGCGCGGUAGCUCGUGCCGAGCGCGCGAGUGAUUCUGGUGCUCGUAUUGAAGCUGGUGGCGGUUCAGCAAUCGAUUGGUUCUAUCAUGAGCUUAAUGCCAGGUAUAGCUACCAAAUCAAGCUGAGAGAUACUGGAAGCUAUGGGUUCUUGCUGCCAAGUGACUACAUCGUCCCAACUGGGGAGGAGACGCUCAAUGCUUUGAAGUAUCUUGGAGAUUAUCUCCUUGGUAACAACGGGAUAGAGAGACUUGCAUCUCAACCAUCUCAACCCUCAUCCGACAAGUGGAGGGACCUGAGAAGACGAAAGUAGUGGGAAGGGGCGUUUUAGAACAAGCGGAGGGGAUAAACCAAUGGCUUUGGCGAUUUGGAUACGGCGAACGGCGUUCAAUCAGGUAUGGGGUACCUAGGCUGGAGGUGGCUUCGUGCUGUUGUGACAUUUUUGCAUGCAUACCUAGGUAUACAUAGAGAGGUACGUAGGUGCCAAACAGACCACACAUAUCAAAUAGGAGGGCUUGUCGGUCACAAUCGAAGGCGUGGAAUUGGGAGCAAGCCUUGGCCCCUUAUCUACACUUCCAAAUACCACUUGACGUACGGACGUGCGUGCCAGGCCCAAUUAUUGAUCUUGAGCCUUA